GGCCAAUCGCUCGUCUCCGUUUACCUGUGUGACGAGCAGACGCAGCCGGAAGUCAGGGAGCAGCAGUAGAGGAGCCAGAGGACAUGGCGUUUAAUGAGGAGAUACUGAAGAGACAGCUGGGGAAGUAUAAAUUCCGGGAUUUAACAAUCAAUGAAAUGAAGGAUGUGCAUCAAAAAUUCCCUGAUCUUAAAUCUUCACAGGACACAUACACUUUCAGUGAUGGCUCGCAGAAAGAUUUGUUGAACAUAAUUGGAACCAUUCCAGUACGACAUCAAGGAUCUUCCUAUAAUAUUCCUAUUCGAAUAUGGAUUCUUGACUCUCAUCCCUUUGGUCCUCCUUUGUGUUUCCUGAGACCAACAUCCAAGAUGGUCUUACGCGUUGGAAAGCAUGUGGACACACGGGGACGCAUCUAUUUGCCAUACCUGCAACACUGGAGUCAUCCAAAGACGAAUAUCACUGGUUUGCUGAAUGAUAUGAUCGCAAAGUUUGAGGAAGUAAUACCAUUGUAUACGAAAAGCUCUACUGAGGCUCCAUCCUUGACGGAUCUCAACACCAUCAUAGCCAAGAUUUCAUCGGGUGCCUCUGAUAUCAGUGCUGAGCCACCAAUGCAAGCUGCCGACUAUUACCCCAGCAAAGUCACGGUGCUCGGAACUGGUGAUUUGGGAAUGGCGUGCACCAUGAGCAUCUUGGCGAAGGAUAUUGUGGAAAAAAUAGUAUUUAUUCCUACCACAGAAAAUACAGUGAAGAGUGGAACAUUGGACAUGGAGAUCUUCCAUCUGCCCAAAGUUGAAUUCAGCAGAGAUUACUCGAAAUCGGCGGAUUCCUCUGUGGUGAUCGUCACUGCCAACACCUGGGGUGGUGAGAAGUCCUACCUGGAAGCUUUGCAGAGCAACGUGGACUUGUUCAGGAGUAUCAUCCCCAACAUCGUGCAACACAGUCCCAACUGUGUUCUUGUUAUUGCCUCCCAGCCAGUUGACGUGAUGACAUAUAUGAGCUGGAGGCUGAGUGGGUUUCCUCCGCAUCGUGUGAUUGGGACGGGUUGUAAUCUGGAUACUCGCCGCUUCCAGUUCAUCCUGGGGAAAUCAGUGAAAAUGUCACCAGCUGAAACGGAGGCCUGGAUCAUUGGAGAGCACGGGGGUAAUGAAGUGUGUGUGUGGAAAGGCUUGGAAGGGGAUAAUGGCCAGAAUAAUAACCCGGAUAUGGUAACGGACCAUGAAACAUGUAAACAGCAGGCAUACAGGGCGUUUAAAGGGUUAAAGGAUAAAAGUCAAAGGUCGUGGUCUGUUGGCUUGUCCGUGACUGAUUUAACUGAGACUGUCUUAAGAAAUCUGGAUCAUUCGCACUCUGUCUCCACGAUGGUGAAGGGCUGGUACGGAAUCAGCAGUGAGGUGUUCCUCAGCCUGCCAUGUACACUAACCAGGGCUGGAGUGGUCAGUGUAAGUGCACCAAAAAUAUCGGAGCAAGAUGAAGAAAUGUUGCAGAACAGUGCAGCAACUCUCCAAAACCUCUUUCAGCAACUGAAGAUUUGAGCUGCUUUAGACUUCGGAGAUACAGCGCGGAAACAGGCCCUGGGACCCACCAAAUUCGCACUGACCAGCAAUCAUCUGUACACUAACACUAUCCUAUGCACUAGGGACAAUUUCCAAUUUUACCGAAGCCAAUUGACCUACAAACCUGUACAUAUUUGGUGUGUAGGAGGAAAGUGGAGCACCCGGAGAAAACCCACGCAGUCACAGGGAGAACGUACAAACUCCAUCCAGGCAAUACCCGUAGUCAGGGUCUCUGUCACUGUAAGGCAGCAACUCUACAACUGCGGCACUGUGCCACCCCUGCUAUUGGACAAUUAUUCGUAACAGCGAAGGACUCUCAUUGUCUUCCUGUGCUCAUGCCUUGAGAGCAUGGGCACUCUGCAACUGGAAGCAGUUUGCCUUAAAUGGACUUGCAGCCUAAGGCACUUUAUUCCCCACUGCCAUGUAGCCUCUGUUUAACUCAGGAGAUAGGCCUGAUUCUGUUAUUAACAGUUUCUGGUUAGGUGCACGUUAAAUGAUCUUGCAUAAAUUUAGAAUAGAUAAAAAAGACACAAAGUGCUGGAGUAACUCAGUGAGUCACGUAGUAUCUCUGGAGAACAUAGAUUGGUGAUGUCUCAUUUUGGGCCUCUUCUUCAGACUCUAGUUCAGACUAGAAGGAUCCUGACCAAAAUGUCACUUAUCCAUGUUCUCCAGAGAUGCAUGCUGCCUGACCCUCUGAGUUACUCCAACAUUUUUUUGUGAACCAGUAUCUGCUAUUCCUUGUUUCUACACUCAGGAAAGCAAGUUUUGCCAGUAACCGCGCUGACAUUCCUUAAUCAAAAAUCACAAGGAAUAUAGAUUUUACUAUUACAUACAACCCUACUUGGCAUCUUCACGUCCAAAGUGAUGACUGCAGGUCUACAUGGCAGUUAUCAACUGAAGGGCAGUGGAUUGCUUUUAUUUUCUUGGGGGGGGGGGUUAUUGACGAUUGUCUCCUUGAAACGAGUUAUUUAACAUUUUAAAAUGUUUUUUUGUUAAGGGCCUGUCCCACUUUCACAACCUAAUUCAUGACCUUUUUUACUCGUGGGCAUUUUUCAUCAUGCUAGAAAAAAUGCCCCGAAAUAACGAAGGUAGACUACUUAUAAAACCGCUCUUUGAGUUUAGUUUUGAGUUCUGAGAAACAGGGACAAUUUUUAGAGGGCCAUUUAACUUACAAACCUUUUGGGAUGUGGGAGGAAACCCUAGGUCCCGGAGAAAACUCACACAGUUACAAGGGGAAUGUGCAAACUCCACGCCUACAGGACCAGAGGUCAGGAUCAAACCUGGGUGUCUGGCGCUGUGAAGUAACAGCUGUGCCACUCUGAGGUACUUGACCCCUCACUCAGGGGAAACGUUCUCCCUGCAUCUCUCAGCAUCAGCCCCCUUAAACAUCUUCACAACUCCAAAGAAUUUUCCCAGUCAGCCUAAUCUGUCCUUCUAUGGCACACCCAUCAUUCCCAGAACAUCCAUUGCAUAUGCUUUAUGGCAAGUUCAUAUUUUAAGAAAGCAAACCAAAGAUAUGCACAGUAUUCAAGGUGUGGUCUCACCAAGGUUCCAUACAAUUACAAUUAGUCUUCCCAACUCCUGCAAUCAGACCUUUUAAUGGACGUUAAUAUUACCCCUCCAAAAUGCUUGCUCCUCCUUUACGCUGUCGUGCAGUGAUAUGUCCACAGCGACGUGAGGCGAUAUGAAGAAUAAGAGUCUGGACAAGCAACAAGAAGUAUCAAAAUAGCGGUGGCUGAAGUUCAUGCUGCAAUUAGGCCUGUUUGUGAAAUAUAUUGUCCCAGAAUGAGACAAUAAUUAGAGCUAUGAGCAAAUGCUUAAAACACUAUACUGUACAUGUAAAAUAUAAUAAAUAAUAAUGCAAGCCAGUCCAA